UAUGUACGUACAUAGAAGAUAGUACUUUAGUCCGCUACAAGACCAAAAUGGGAGAUCUGAAGAUCUUAACAGUUUCACCCGUAUGCAAGAGAAAAUUGUUGGACGAGAUGACACAGUUGAAGAAUUCCUUCCACUCAUUCACUCAAACAACAGGACCCACCGGUGACGUCAGCUCCAGUGCGAACAGCCCGUCAGGAACUCAUAUUUUCUCCCGUCUGCAAGAAUAUGUCGAAAAGACCUACGGUACCACACGAUGUGUGACUGACAAUAUGCUAGAGGCCAACAUUUCCAAACACAAGAAAUCAAUUGGCAAAAAAAUGGACAAAAAUGCCGAACGGAUGGAAGCAAUCUUACUUCAAUGCCCAACGUACACAAGGAACUGCGGACAGACGCCUCGCGCGUAGGCUUGGGGAUAGAGAGCUAUGAUAGCUUUGGCUCGGUUAACCAUUAGCGUGUUCGGAACAUACAAGCAUAAACAAAAUGGCGAACAAUAGCACAUCGGAAGCGUCAACGCCGCUGAGUGGAGCGGCAGUUGCCGCGAUUGUACUUGGCAUUAUCGUCGCUCUCCUCCUGGUGGUUAUUGGUGUUCUGGUGUACUGUGUGUGCAGAUAUCGAUGGAGACUGGUCUCCAGGAGUCACUCUUCCAGGACAUUGAAUUACUAUGAGACACCCAUGGAGAUUCUACCUAUUCCCCGAAGAAUGCCGGACAACGAAAACGUCGUUGACCCAUCGCCUGAGCCAGUGUUUGAUCAUGUGAUUAAGAAGACAACCGUCCAAUUAUGGGGAAGGCAAGCAACCAUUGUUGGUAACACUAAAACACUAUCACAGGUGUAUUCAGCAUCACAGAGCUACUUCUCCAAACAGGGGAAGCUGCGCAAAGAUGAGAACUUUACCAUCCCAUCUAAUCGCUUGACCAUUCACUCCGUCUUAUUCUCCACGGAUCUCCCGAAAGGUCAGUUAUCGGAUAUUCAGCUGUCUGAUAGCCAGUCAACUGUUGGCGUCCCGUCUCAACGUCCUACGUCCUACAUUAAUUUGCUCGGGCCCGGUGACACGGCAUCCGCGCACUCCCAGGUACCAUAUAUCGGCCAGAAGGAAAUCUUCAAACAUGCGGUUCUGGGUGCCACGGGAGGAUCUAUAGAACUCUCUGGGAUCAGAUUGGAAGUUCCAGAAGGAGCCCUAGCUAAAGAUAUAGAAAUUUCCAUAGGAGUCACGUGGGAUACAAAUAAAUAUCCUCCUCUUUCAACUAAGGAAGCUCUUCUCAGCCCAGUUGUAGUCUGCGAACCACUUGGUACAGUAUUUACAAAAGCGGUAAAGCUUUCCUUCCCGCAUUGUGCGUUGGACGACUUGAGAGGUUGGAUGCCAAAGUUGAUGUGUAGCCAGAAUAGGAUAGAUUCAACCCCUCACUGGAAAAUGAUGACUAUAGCUGACUAUUCUGAAAGAAGCUUUGCCAACAAAGUCGUUAGUGUUGGAAUCAAACAUUUCACCCUGUAUACGUUGGUUGCGGAGCCAAAAGCUGACCAGCGCACGGCUAAAGACGUCAAGCUUCUGGCAUUUGCUCCUCCUCUAAAAACAGGGAAACUUCAUAAAAUUAGGAUUUACUGUGUAGAAAAUUAUGAGAAAGAGCUGCAGGAUAUACAAGAGGAGGAAGUAGAUCUCGGUGGCCGACGUGUUCAUCCCAAAAAGUCUAUUUUCAUUUACAAUACCGGAGAAAACCUCUGCUUGGAGAACCAUCUGGAUUCGAGCCUCUGGAACCUGAUUGGUGACCAAUCUGUAGAGUUGCAGUAUGAGCAGAUCUGGCAUGGAUUGACUCCCAACCACGAGUUUGCCUUUACUACCAAGGCGAAUGCGGACGUUUUCCACAGUAAGUUUGUGGCGUAUCAGAAAGCGUAUGAAAGCCAAGUGUCAGGUCUUGAACAUCUCCCAGCAGGCCGAGCAAGAGGUGAGAAGAUGGCUGCUAAUCUAUUGAUGUACAAUUAUCCCCUGUAUUAACACAUCUAACUAAUUACCAUGUUCAACAGUGUUGGUUGAAAUAUCAGGGCAAAGUCAAAACACAUCGUCCGAGGUCAAAUUCUUAGAAACGUGAUGUUGUAAGAUUAAGAGUAUAGUAACUAGAAUAUCUCGUUCGAUUUUUAUUGCUGUUCCUUUAUGUAAUCAUAACUGAUAACUGUGCUCAAAUAACAAAUGUCCAGUGUUCUGUGUUACUCCUGUACAUUAAGGGAUCAAUACUUAUCUAUAUACUUUGAAUUUCAGUCGCCUUUAACAUAUUCAGAUCUGAUUCUCACUGAGUUUGUCCUGAUGAGAGGUGAAAACGUAGCAUAGUUAACAUCCACGGACUCAGGCUUGACUGUGAACUAAGGUGUGUUCAGAUUGUUAUCCAAUUUUAAACUAACAACGGUCAUUUUCAUAGCCUUGAGAUGUUAAAAUACAUGUGGGGCCUUUCAUAACUGUACGCAGCAGUAUACAGGAAAUUCUGAUGUUACUUAUACUUAAACGUCAACACCAGUAUGAUAAAUAACGACUGUUGAUACAUAACCGAUAAAAUGCCUUUAGGGCUCACAAUCUAAUGUAUUCAGUAUAUGAAAGGAAAGUUGAAGGAUUUUGUCUUAGAACAAUAGCAAAUAUAAAUUCAGUUACUCCAACAAAAAGGCGAGCAGUGCUGCCAGAGCCGGCGCAGAGAACAAGAAAAAUUUCAAAACCUAAUGCAACCAUGAACAAUUAUUCUUUAGCUAGUCACUGGAAUAUGGACAAUUGCAAUAAAUAUUAUACCUGUCGCAAUAGACAGAAACCUCUGAUAUCCUUUUGUACACGUGAAAACUCCUUUCUUCUUUUUAGAAAGCAUCAUUUUUACAUCGUUGAGUUUCAGGUGGUUAGCAAUCC